AUAUUGGAUUCACAAAGUGUCAAGGCGGUUUCCUCCUGGUUCGCCGGCUGCUGGGCGUUGUCUUUAGUGUCGUCCAUCACUUGCAACUUGUCUAAGAGCUGCGCUUCCAAAGUCGUGGUCAUUUUUGUCAGGUCUUCAAGCUCCGCAUGUUGUGUUUUUAUUUGGCCAACCAGGGCUGCAAAAGAAUCUGAUUCCAACUGUGACAUGCCAAUAGGUGGCAACUCUCUGCAAACAGCUGGACGACAAAGCCCACUUUUCGUUUUGCUUGUUAGUUUUUGUUUAUUUUCCCAUUUGUUCAAAAUGACGCUUGAUUUUGAUGGAAAUAAAAAGGACGACAAGCUGCUGAUCGCCACCAUCCAGCAGGAAUAUAAAAUUCUGGCAGAAUACAAAAUGAUUGAAUCAGAGAAGUUAAGUGGCUUAUAUGUGAUACCCAGCUAUGCGAAUUCAUUGCAGUGGUUCGGGGUCCUCUUUGGACGCCAAGGAUUAUAUGCUGGAGGCGUAUUCCGCUUCUCGAUUCUGCUGCCCGAUCGGUUUCCCGAAGACAAGAGCCUUCCGACCGUUAUAUUCCAGCAGAAUGUGCUGCACCCCCACGUGUGUCCGUACACCCACAGCCUGGACGUAAGUCACGCCUUUCCGGAGUGGCGCUGUGGCGAGGAUCACCUCUGGCAGCUGCUCAAGUACGUCCAAGCAAUUUUCGCCGACCCCGUGGAUAGUGUUCGCGGCAUUGAAGUGGACAAAGUUAAAAACAGCGAGGCUGCUCAGCUGCUGCUGACCGACAAAGACGAGUUCGCGACCCGCGUCCAGAGAAACAUUGAGGAGAGCAAGGAACACAUCUUUGACACCCCACCCACAGAGGAUCCGCACUACAUAGUAUUCGAAAAGUUCCAGCCGGAUCUGCACGGACCCGUUCUCGAGCGAAUAAAGGCUGGCAGGAGCAAGCAGGCGGAAACCUCCGCGCAACAGGCCAACGGAGGCCACACCACUGGUCUCUCCUGGGUGAAGGAGGGGGAGUUCAAGCCUCUCAGUAUUGAGUAGAAGCAAUUCGUCGGCCCUGUAAGUUCAAAACGUAGUACUAACGUUGUCUCAAUUUUACUCCAUUAAAGUUAUUCGAUUAUA